AUGUUGAGGUUGUGUCCACUAUCCAACUCAUUGAACCGUUUUCUGAGCACUGGUACUACUUUGGGUGCUCCAGUUCAGAAUGUUACCAUUAUUGGAUCAGGUCUGAUGGGAUCAGGCAUUGCUCAAGUAAGGGUACUUUGACCUUAUCAUGUCUGUGUUUAGGUGUCAGCUCAAGCCAAACUCAACGUUGUUUUGGUGGAUCAAAACGAGAAGAUUCUUAAUGCAGCUCAACAAAGGAUUCACAAGUCGCUGCAGCGUGUAGCCAAGAAGAAACACGGUGAUAAUGAAUCCGAAGCUACAAAGUUUGUGGACGACACUUUGGGAAAGAUUAAGAUCAAUAGCGAUCUCAGAUCUGCUGUCAAGGAAGCUGAUCUUGUUAUUGAAGCCAUCGUUGAGAACAUUGAAGCCAAACAGAAGCUUUUCAGUGAAGUUGAGAAGGCUGCUAAAAGGUGUGGUUCAAAAUUUUUUGAGAUUUCAGUUUUUAUUUUUUAAUUGAAUUUUGGGAUAUUUAACAGUUUGAUAUUGUUUUAGCGAUGUUAUUUUGGCUACUAACACCUCUUCUCUUCGUUUGGCUGACAUUGGAGCCAACAUCAAGAACCAAGCCAACUUCGGAGGACUCCAUUUCUUUAACCCAGUUCCAGUAAUGAAGCUUCUUGAAGUUGUAAAGCACGAUAAAACUUCUGAGCAGACCUUCAAAGAACUAGAAGGUUUUGGAAAAACCGUAGGAAAGGUUACUGUAGCCUGCAAAGACACCCCCGGCUUCAUCGUGAACAGACUUCUGGUGCCUUACAUGUAUGAAGCAUUGAGACUAGCGGAACGUGGUGAUGCGUCGAUGAAGGAUAUUGAUGUAGCCAUGAAGUUGGGAGCUGGGUACCCAAUGGGACCUUUUGAAUUGGCAGAUUAUGUUGGACUUGACACUUUGAAGUUCAUUCAAGAUGGCUGGGCUAAACAACAUCCGGAUGACCCCCUUUUCAAACCAUCACAACUCCUGAACAAGCUUGUCAGUGAAGGAAAGUUGGGUGCCAAGUCGGGAGAAGGGUUCUACAAGUACAAGUAAAUAUGAAGUUAAUACCUAGUCGAAAACGUGUAUUUUGAAUUUGACAAUAAAUGAUUAUAUUAUCUUUCGAAAAGUCUCUAUUUUUAAAACAAGAUUUGCGACUUUAAAGAACUCGUCGUGAACUUGUGAAGGAAUGUUGCCACAAACCAACAUAAUAUGUUGGUUUGAUAUGAAAGGUCACAAUCCACCCGAGCUCGGUUAUGCCAAACCCAGUGAGUCGGAUAAAUUCCGCCAAUUUCCCCCGAGGGCACAAAAGCGGUGAAAUAUCACAAAGGACCAGUUUUAAUGUUUUGUUAUGGACGUGUUCAGUAUCGUGCUCAAGAGGUCGGAGCCGGUCUUCUUCCCAGGUGAAGUAGUCGACGGUUAUGUUCUCAUCAAGUCUCGCGAGCCAAUCAAAGCUCGCGAGAUAGCGAUUGCCAUUUCAGGCAAGGCCAAGUCAACAUGGACAAUGUGGGAACAGUACAGUGCGUACGUGAAUUAGGAAAUUUGAAAAACAUUGAUGCGACACGUUUAACUAUGUAUUUUUUGCAGUAUAAAGAAUAUUACAGUAACCGAAGCACAAAAAGCGAAGCAGUACCGUACUGGGCAGAGAUCAUCUACAUAGAUCUCGUGAACACGCUAUGGACUCCUCCACCAACGUCGUCCGUACUGCCUGCGGGCGAAAACAAGUUUCCUUUCAGCUUUCUGUUACCUUCUAAUGCUCCUCCAACCUUUGAAGGUAAGCUAUAUUUUAUGAGUUCAUAUCAGUACUACACAGUAUUACCACUAAAAUAAACUAUUAAAUUUAAAAUACCAUAUUAUUUUAGGUAAAGUUGGCUACAUUCGCUACUUCUUAAGAGUCAAGAUAGAACGUCCAUGGCUAUUUGAUUACAAAGCUUUUCUGGGCUUUACAGUAACCCCACACUUCGACCUGACAUCGUUAUCGUACGCUUCACUGCCCAUCUUCAAGACGGUUUGCAAACAGUUGGGGACAUUGUGGUUCAAACACGGAACUAUCGAGGUCAAGGUAACUAUACUCUGUACUGUCGUUCUAUUGACUAUAUUAAUGAAGCUGUAAUACAAUAUAUUCACAGCAAUGUAACUUCAGAUCAACCUGAGUAAAAGUGGCUACGUCCCCGGGGAAAGUGUAGUCCUUCAUGUAGACGUUAAGAACAACACGAGUAAGGAUAUCCAACGAAUAGAGUCUUCUCUUGUACAGUACAGUUACUACACUGCUCAUCGUCAUGCUACACGGCUCCACUACGGUCACGCUCAGAAUAAAGAUAUAGAACACAAAACUGAGAGUAGGAUCGUGGUACAGUACGUGGAGGAGUACAAGAUACCAAAGAAGUCGAGUGGAUCGUACAAGAGAAUGUUGGCCAUACCUCCAGUGGUACCGUCUUUCAAUGUCUGCGACAUUAUACAAGUCGGGUAUUACUUUAAAGUAAGAAAGGUCAUGUUUUGGUACUUUAUAAGACUACGUAUAUACAAAUAUAUUUUACUACCAAACGGAAGUCAAGAGCUGAAUCACAUCUUGCUGUAUCAUCAGAAAUCAACCUUUUAUGUACUUUGAAUAUGUUUUAGAUAAAAAUAGUUGCAAUUGGCAAGAUAUCGAAUACAGUAAGCGAUGAGGUACCAGUCCUAAUAGGCACAGUACCAUCAAGACCAUCUAUUUGCACUAAUGAACCACCUGAACGAGAUUACCUUGCUCCACCUCAACCAUCAUUGGAAAUCGAAAAAAGUGGUAAUUUCUAAGGAACUGUUAUAUUAUAAUUUGAUAUUAACAUAUUUAGUGCUAACAAUAAGAAGACAAAUCGGGGAUGAAGUAGACACAAGAUCUUUAUAAACUAAUGGUAGUAUUAAUUAUUAUUGUUUCAGUUAUCAGACAAUCAAUUUUACUUUAUAUUCAAUUUUAAGAAUGUUUUACAGACCAACAGUUCCGUUAUGCAGACUGUUUGUUUGGGAAAGGACUAGUCCCGGAUGAUGAAGAUGACAAGAUAAUCGACUAUACUCCGCGGUACAUCUACUACAGUAACAUACCUUAA